CUCACCGCACUCUCUCUCUCUCACUCUUCUUCCCCUUCUUUUCCAACUUAUUCCCUCUUUCACUCUCAAUUUCUGAAAAACUUUUAAAAAUUAUAAUUAAUGCUUUAUUUGCAGUAAUCUCCAUUGUCUUCUCCGAUGUUCUUCCUCUCUCAUCCCCGUUUCUCGCUCUAAAAGUUACUCUGUUUCCGCCAUUGCUCUCUUGGACCUUUCUUCUUCCAUCUCAUAACUUCAAACGCCUAAUAAUUGAAACCCCACUUCUCAACCUUCAUCUUUAACCAUACACAUUGUUUCAAUUCGCUUAGACCAGGAAAUUUCAGUCAGUCAAUGGGGCUGUUCAGCUCUUUCCACCAUUCUUCUCCCUUCUUCUCCACCUUGAUUGUGCUUCUUCUUGUCAAAGGUCUCAAAGAGGUCUCCGGCGCUACGUUCACGUUCGUUAACAAGUGUGAAUUCACCGUAUGGCCGGGAAUUCUCGCCAGUGCUGGCAGCCCGAAACUGGAAUCCACGGGUUUCGAGCUCGUACAGGGUAGUUCUCGCUCUUUUCAAGCUCCGACCGCCUGGUCCGGUCGGUUCUGGGGCCGAACCAAUUGCAAUCUCGACGGCUCCGGCCGUAUCAUCUGCAACACUGGUGACUGCGGCUCCGGUGAGAUUGAGUGUAAUGGAGCUGGCGCCACCCCACCGGCCACGUUAGCCGAAUUCACACUCGGUUCCGGGUCGCAGGAUUUCUACGACGUCAGUCUCGUCGACGGCUAUAACUUGCCGAUGAUAAUUGAGGGAACUGGCGGGUCGGGCACGUGCUCGUCGACCGGCUGCAUUACGGACCUGAAUCAGCUCUGCCCGGCGGAGCUGAAGGCAGAGGGUGGCGGCGCGUGUAAAAGCGCCUGUGAGGCAUUUGCCUCGCCGGAAUACUGCUGCAGCGGAACGUAUAACUCGCCGGCGACUUGCCGGCCGUCAGUAUACUCAGAAAUGUUCAAAUCGGCGUGCCCCAGAUCGUAUAGCUACGCUUAUGAUGACGCCACAAGCACAUUCACCUGUAAUGGGGCUGAUUACACCAUCACAUUUUGCCCUUCUCCCCCGAGUCAGAAAUCUUCAAGGGAUUCGUCGCCAAUGAUACCAGAGCCAACAACAGAGCAACCGGGAUCAGAGCCAGAGACCAAGCCAGGAUCAGAAUCAGAAUUGGGUUCAUUACAAGGAGCAACAUUAAGUAAUUCUUGGCUUGCGGAUAUGGCCAUAGGAGGCUCUUCCAUGGCUGGAAAACCAAAUUUAGCAUUUCAAUUUAUGUCAAAUUUGAUAUUCUUAGUCGUUAUAUAUCUGGUUCUUCUUUUGGAAUAAAAUAUAAAAGGAAGACUAGAAUUCAUCGACCAAAUCCCAACUAUUGAUGUAUGUACAGAAUUUAAGGCCAAAAGAAGUUGCUUUUUUUUCAUUUAGAGAUGGGUAGAAAAUUAAAAUAAAAAAAAGGAACUUUAUUUGGCUUUAGGAUUUGUUGAAUUUGGAUGAUUCCCAAGCUUGAAAGGUUAAAUAUUAAGUGGGAAGUUGGAAUAUGGGAGCCUUAAAGUUAUCACCUU